AUAUAAUUUGUAAUCAUAAUUUGACGUUUGUGUAUGUUGUAAUCAAAUAAAAGUGUUUUGUGUGUGAAAUGUGAAUCUAUUUAAAAUAAAUAAUGUAAUAAAUAAUAAAAAAUCAGCCGUGCAUAUAAUAUGCGGCCAUUUUUCUUGCAAUGCGGCAACCGUGUUUGUGUUCCGCCAUUCGAAACAAUCAGUGUCUUUCACCAGGUGCAACCAACAUUUUGACGAGUUGGUUAAGGCUAUGUAGUGUUUGUUAUACAUGAUGAUGAUGUUGAGUGUGUCCGUGUCGUGUUUAUUUUUCAAAAAUAUUCAGUUCUUAAUAUUAUUAUGGAUCUAAGUGUGGAGUGUUGUCAGUGCCAUAAGUACAGAUAAUGUGCAAAUGCACAAACAAUGGAUAACGAAGUGAAACAGCGUAACCGUAGACGGAAACGGGCUCAGCGUAUGCAAGCGCAACGAGCGAACAAAGUCAAAGAUGGGGAUAGUGCCGAGGAUGAAUCUCCAAUACGGGAGAAACCUGUACGGCCACCCAUGCGACGGAAAAAAUCCAAGGAACCACUUAUCGAAGAGGAUAUCAUAGAUGGGUUCGCUAUACUUGGAUUUCGCACAUUUGAAGAUUUAGAAGGCGAAAAAGUGCUUUCUACUUCGUUACUGGACAAAAUGCCACCACUUCUCCAUUCGCACGAAAAAUCUAUCUUUAAAACGACUGCAAUUGCAUUAGCAACAUCUGGGGUUAAGUUAACAGCGAAAACGACAGCUAGUGAAAAAAGGAAUUCGGUUGUACCUUCUGUAGCCAAUAUAGAUGAAAAACCAAAAGUGGAUACGGGACAACGGCAUUCGUCCGCAUCACAUCAUAUUUCGCACCCGCCUUCUCAUAAUUUAUUGCUGGCGCACGGGGACGCCGGUACAAGCGACGACAGUGGCCGUGCUUCGGAAAGGUUAACGGGAUCUUCCGUCGCACCUAGAGACCCCGACAGUUCCAGGGAUCGACUGAGCGAUGCAAGUAGUCGCUGUAGCUCUGGAAAAGGAUAUAUCUGUGAUAGCGAAGGGGAUGAUGACAAGGGCUCGGACGCAGGCUCCGUCUUGUUUGCAUCAACUCCAACGCCGCAACGUAAGCACGAGUUUCCUGGUACUGGUGGUUUACCUUCAGGUAUACCUGGAGGUGACGAAAGUGCAAGUCCUGUGCCUGCACCAACAUCUCCAUGCCUUGCACCACCUGCUCCAAGUCCAGCACCUGCUGCUCUUCCUCCACAUAGUGCCCUGCCACAACCACCGUAUUCCUCGAAUUCACCGAUGACCACAAGUCAUGUUAUCGCGGCUGCAACCACCGAUCAUCAAACACAAAAAUCAUCUCCACAGUCACCACCCACUGCAGCAACGGGUGGUAUUAUUACAUCAGCUACUAUAAAUAGUCAUCAUACAACGUCUAUUCCACCACAAGCAGCACUUCCAACAAAUCCACCACCUAUUCCACAACCACAACAACAGCAACCAAUUCCACACCCACAAACUCCCACACAUUUACAACAAUCGCUUCCACCACCUCCACCAACAUCUCAUAAUCAAAUUCCACAUGCACCGUCACAUUCACAUUUACAACCGCAACAUCCGGUAUCCGCUGUUGUACCAUCACCAGUAGUGCAUUCACAGCAUCCGUCACAUCCCUCACCGCACCCUUCACACCCUUCCCCACAUUCCUCGCAUCCUUCACCGCAUCCCUCACACCCGUCGCCGCAUCCAUCACAUCCGUCGCCGCAUCCCUCACAUCCGUCUCCGCAUCCCUCACAUUCGUCACCGCAUCCCUCACACCCCUCACCACCAUCUUUAUCAUCAUCGGCCACUAGUUUAUCAUCAUCAAUUACAACAUCCACAAUUGGUGUUUCGAAUAAUAUUAUCAAUCAUCACCCACAAAGCAUGCCACCAAGUAAUCAAAUGAUACCUCCCAGUCAUAUUGGACCUGGACAUGCAACUACAUUACUAAAUCAUCAAAUGCCUCCAAGUCUAUCAGUGUCCUCCAACAAUCAACAGCAAGCACUUCCACCACCUCCAAUUCAACACGCACAUAACAACACACAUACGCCUUCACAUCACAACACAAAUAGUAGUAAUAAUUGUAUUAGUAGUAGUAGUAGUCAUCAUAGUAUAGUGAAUCAUGCGCUCUCGUCUGCAUCAAAUCAUCCACCAAAUAGUCUUUCAAAUCAUCCACCAAUGUUGCCAGUGUCACGAGCAGCUGCGGCAGCGGCUGCCGCUGCAGCUGCAACACCGCCACCUCCAAUGUCUGCUGCAACACCUCCGGCAUCAUUGCCAGCAGCAUUACCCCAAUCAGCGUCAGCACCAUCAUUGGUUCCACCAUCAAGCCAACCUCCACCCCAACAACCGCCACAGCAUCAUCAUCAUCCUCACCAUGAGAUACCAUCUCAAAGAGAGCAGCAAAAAUUAACACAACACAAUAGUACCAAUGUGCCAACAUCCUCAGCUCCCAAUAUACAAGCACCUCCCCCUCCACAAAUGUUAGCUGCACCAUUACCUCCACCCCCUGCGACAUACCUUCCAAAUGGUACUGUAAGUAAUGGUAUUGGAGCGUAUCAUCAUCCACCACAACAAGCGCCAAGUACCUUUCCGGCGUAUCCCCCAUUAUAUGCACCAUAUGCAGCUAGUUUGCGUAAUUCAAUAGCUGUGACUUCGCCGUCAUCAUCAAUGAUGCAGCAUAGUGGUGGGAGACCACCAGUUGUACCAACAUUGCCUUCACCAACGAUUACGUCACAAACACAAAAUUUAAGUACAACGUCAUCAGUAAACAGUUUACAUUUACCACCAGCGGCAAUAUCCUCUAGUCACAAUCGAGAAUUAAGUGCAGCUUCUUUACAAAGUAAUAGAGGGACACAUUCACCGCGAGGACAUAGUCCAAAUCGAGAAAGGGACAGUUACAGCAGCAACGUCAGCAGUUUAAGUCGGGGUAGCGUAACACCAGUCAGUAUACCAUAUUCCUCUACAAGCGUAUCUGUAACCAGCAGUAGUUUAUCUUCCUCCACACUUGCAUUCUCGAAAGCAGCCGUAUGGAGUUCCAGUUCAGCGGGUGGCGUUAUGCCACCAAGUGGUGGUGUACCACCGUCAGUAGGAUCACAAUUGUCUCCAGCACCACCUAGACCGACACCACCACCAGUAUCAGCUGCUGCUGCUGCUCCCACAGUACCACCAACAAUGCAUCAUUCAUUCCCAGCACCAAUGUUUGCGCCACCAUUGGCACCACCCCCUGUAUCAACUGCUAGUCCAUUAAGUUUACAAACAAAUCCAAAUCCAUUUUCAGCAGACUCAUUAUUUCAAUCAAAUCAAGCGGAUAUGUUACGUCGUGAAUUAGAUAACCGAUUCUUAGCGUCACAAGAUCGUACAUUGUCAUCAGCAACGGUUGGAGGUGUUGUUCCAGGUGUUCCAGGUGCUCCAUCAUAUUUACGUACUGAAAUGCACCAGCAUCAACAUCAUCAUACGCAUGUUCAUCAACAUGCAGCACCAAUUUUACCACCACCACCUGCACCACCAGCGGUGGUGCCACCACCGUCACUGUUUCCACCACCAUUGUUCAAAGACAUACCUAAAAUGGGUAGUGUAGAUUCCCCAUUCUAUCGACAAAAUAUGGGACUAUCAAGUUAUCCAGGUUAUUCACCGGGUCUACUACAUCCAGGAUUAGGUGGACCAACUCCAUUUGUACCACCAAAUCAUUUACCUGCGUUUCAACCAAAGCAACCAUUGGGCGAAUCAACUAAACCUAAAAUUAUGAAAACCGGUAAAUGGAAUGCGAUGCAUGUUAGAGUGGCAUGGGAAAUAUAUCACCAUCAACAAAAACAACAAGCGGAUUUAAAACCGGGGAGUGUUGGAGCAAAAUCAGAAUUGUUGCGACCACCUUCACAUGUGUUCCCUGGUGGACUUGUACACCCCUCUAGACCACCACAUGAAUUACCACCAUUUCAUAGGGGUCCACCAUUUGACACUACACCACAUCCGGGAAGUUUAUUUGCUGCACCUCCUACACAUUUAGCAGGUGGGGUGUCACCAUUUAGUCGUUACGGGUCUGCAUUUCCAAAUCCAGCAGCGUUUGGAAUGUCACCAUAUCCAGCUCCUGGUCGUGAACUACCACCAUUAGGUUUACACGAUCCGUGGAGAUCGGUUUCAGCUUUACAACGAACUGUUACUGGAUAUCCAGGACCAACAGGUCCAUGGGGAUUGAAACCCGAUCCAGUUGCACUUGAACGCCGAGAACAAGAAGAACGAGAAAGAGAACGAAUUCGUAGGGAGAGAGAACGAGAACGAGAGCGAGAACGCAAACAACAGUUAGAACAACAAGAAAGGGAACGUGAACGUGAAAGAGAGAGGCGUGAAAAAGAGCGUAGAGAGAUGGAACGAAGAGAAUUAGAACGAUUACAUCAGCAACGUUUAGCUGAAAGUAAAGCAGCAGCUGCAGCGGCUGCGGCUGCUGCCGCCCGUGAACGAUCACCAUUACGUAAUGGUAAUACAGACGAUAUACGAGUGAAAGAAGAACCUAGACCUAAAGACGAUGAUGUAGUGAUGUUAAGUAGAAGUGAUCCACGAUAUCACCCUUACUUAAGACACCCAAAUAAUAUGGUACCACCGCCACCAAGAGGUAUGAUGCCUCCAGGUCUUGGUGGUCCACCACAAUUACCUCCUCAUUUCCCUCCGCCACCAACGAAUGCGUGGCCACCACCUAGUGCGGAUCCAUUCCGUGAUGCAUAUCGUUUUGAUCCAUUACGUUAUAAUCCAUUAAUGGAAGCAAUGCGUGCUGAAGAAGAACGUGUUAAAAUGUAUGGUGCGUACGCAAAUCCACAUUUAAGACAAAGUACUAAAGAAGCACAAGCCAUGAUGCAUAUGAGAGCGGCUGCAGGUCCACCUGGUGGCCCACAACCACCACCCCCACCACAUUUGGCCCCAUCACAAGCAAAAGAUGACUCAUCUCAGUCACGAUGAUAGUGAUUGUAAAUAUAAAACAGAUUUAAAUAAUUCAUAUGGACCAUAAGUAUUUAUAUGUGCUUAAUUUAUUUUAAUUUAAAUAAUGAUAAAGAAGAUGAUAAGAAAAUUGAGUAAAAGGAUUAUUUUGUUUAUUUAAACAAUAAAUAUCUAGUGACAUAUAAUACAAAUGAUUAUAUUUUUAUGUUCAAAUAAAAUGCGUUUGAAUAUAGAAAACGACAUUUUCAUAAAAUUUGUAUUUAUAUUGUCGCUGAAUACAACAAAAGAUUGAUUCACAUGUAACGAACUCUCAUACAAAGCGUAUAUGUCACUGCCUUUUACAAACCUGAGGAAUACUUAUUUUAUUUGUAUGUACUGAAAUACUAAAAAAAAAAGUGUGAAGUUAAAUUUCGUAAUCUAUGGAAGACUUAGAAAACAACAGAUUUUGACAUAUCGUGUUAAAGUUUGGUUUAUUAAAUAGAUAUGAUUUUCUCCACCAAAAA